UGAAUGUCAUUGGCGAAACUCGCUGUCAGUCAAAGGCGCGCGCGUCUAAUUGGUCAGAUGUGAGCGGACGUUUACUUCACGGCACUGGUUUACGGCAAACGCCUGCGUGAGUAACGCGUCUGAUUAUCUGCGGGAACAAACGACAAAAAUCAGAGAUGAUUGAGGUGGUUUGUAAUGAUCGUCUGGGGAAGAAGGUUCGGGUCAAAUGCAAUCAGGAGGACACGAUCGGAGACCUGAAGAAGCUGAUCGCAGCGCAGACCGGCACUCGGUGGGAUAAGAUCGUGUUGAAGAAGUGGUACACCAUAUUCAAGGACCACGUGUCGCUGGGAGACUAUGAGAUCCAUGACGGCAUGAACCUCGAGCUCUAUUAUCAGUAGAAACACACACACAGACACACACACAGACAGACAGACAGACACACACACACACACACACACACACACACACACACACACAGACACACACACACAGACACACACACACACACACAGACACACACACACACACAGACACACACACAGACACAGACACACACACAGAGUUUGUGGAGCGGGUUGUUUUCAUCAUGUCUCGAGGCAUCAGAAUAUUUGUUCCGUUGUAUUGUUUUGAUAUUGUUUGGAAAUAAAACUCAUAUUUAUGUACA